AACAAGGAAAUCAGUCACUCACACAGUUUAGAGAGAGUGUGUGUUCCAUUCUGUUCAAUUCUCAGCUCAUUCAAGCUCUGAGGUUCAGAGGUGUACCAAAUUCAAAAGCUUUGAUUUCUGGGUUAUAGAGUUAUUUUGGGUACAAUGAUGGUUCAAGAUGAUCGCUCACCCACCAAACCCUCAAAACCCCACCACAAAUCCAAGCCAACCCCUCUCUCAGAUCGCUUCUCUGAAUCCAGAAACCUAGAUUUCGCAACAUGGGUGUCCGAAAAUUCCUUCAAAAUCUUCAUCAUUUCCCUCCUAACCCUCACAGUCGCCGCCAUCUUCUUCCUCCGAAGCACCGGUGACCGCACCGCCCUUCUCUGCUUCCAGACCCACCCAAAACCUCCUGAAAAGCUCGGAAUCCCCAAAAUUAGCUUCAAAUCAAUCCAACCCAUAAUCGAUAAGUCAUCCCCUUUCGCCUCAUUCCGGUCCGAUCAAUGGAUCGUUGUCUCAGUCUCCGACUAUCCGUCCGAUUCGGUUCGUAGUCUUGUUAGGGUAAAGGGUUGGCAAGUUCUUGCAGUGGGUAAUUCAAGGACUCCAAAAGAUUGGAGCUUUAAAGGUGUUAUAUAUUUGUCAUUGGAACAACAAGCUAAAUUAGGGUUUAGGGUUGUGGACUACCUUCCUUAUGAUUCUUAUGUUAGGAAGAGUGUUGGGUAUCUUUUCGCCAUUCAACACGGGGCAAAAAGAAUCUUUGAUGCUGAUGAUCGUGGGGAAGUGAUUGAGGGGGACAUUGGGAAGCAUUUUGAUUUGAAUUUGGAUGAAGUUGCUGCAAAUCAGCAAGUGAUUUUGCAGUAUACUCAUGAGAAUCCGAAUCGGACGGUUGUGAAUCCGUAUGUUCAUUUUGGCCAGCGAUCGGUUUGGCCUAGGGGGUUGCCAUUAGAGAAUGUAGGUGAAAUUGGACAUGAAGAGUUUUACAGUGAAGUGUCUGGAGGAAUGCAAUUUAUACAACAGGGUAUAUCGAAUGGCCUACCGGAUGUAGAUUCAGUUUUCUAUUCCACCAGAAAGUUGGGUUUGGAAGCAUUUGAUAUAAGGUUCGAUGAGCAUGCCCCGAAAGUUGCUAUGCCUCAAGGUAAAAUGGUGCCAAUUAAUUCAUUCAAUACUUUGUUUCAUUAUAAUGCAUUUUGGGGUUUGAUGCUUCCGGUUUCUGUUAGCACAAUGGCUUCUGAUGUAUUGAGGGGUUACUGGGCACAGAGGCUGUUGUGGGAGAUUGGUGGAUUUGUAGCAGUUUAUCCUCCAACAGUUCAUAGGUAUGACAGCAUUGAAGCAUAUCCAUUUUCGGAAGAGAAGGAUCUUCAUGUAAAUGUGGGUCGUUUGAUUAAGUUCUUGGUCUCUUGGAGAUCUGAAAAACAUAGAUUGUUUAAGAAAAUUUUGGAAUUAAGUUAUUCCAUGGCGGAAGAAGGGUUUUGGACUGAGAAGGAUGUGAAAUUUACUGCUGCUUGGCUGCAGGACUUGCUUGCUGUUGGGUACCAGCAGCCGAGGUUGAUGGCAAUAGAAUUGGACAGGCAGAAGGCAGCCAUUGGUCAUGGGGACCUUAAGGAAUUUGUCCCUCGAAAAUUACCUUCUGUGCAUCUUGGGGUUCAGGAAUCAGAGACAGUGAACUACGAAGUUGGGAAUCUAAUCCGGUGCAGAAAAAACUUUGGUAAUGUCGUGCUUAUCAUGUUUGUCAAUGGGCCUGUCGAACGUACUGCUUUGGAAUGGAGAUUGCUUUAUGGCCGAAUAUUCAAAACUGUGAUUAUUCUGUCAGUACAAGCUGAUGCAGAUCUUGCAGUGGAGCAAAGCCAGUUGGAUCAAGCAUAUAAGUAUUUGCCAAAGAUAUUUGACAGGUUUACUAGUGCGGAAGGAUUCCUAUUCCUCCAGGACGAUACAAUUCUCAAUUACUGGAAUUUGUUGCAAGCAGACAAAUCUAAGUUAUGGAUCACCAACAAGGUUCCCAUGUCUCAUACUACUAUCUCGAGUACUAGAAACAACUCAUUGUGGUUUUCAAAGCAAGCAGAUAUGGUAAAGAAAGUAGUGAGCACAAUGCCAGUUCACUUUCAGGUCAACUACAAGGAAAGUGGCCCCAGUGAAAAGAGCCUCGCCAUAUGUGGUUCUGAGUUGUUUUAUAUUCCUCGACGCUUUGUGGGGGACUUCAUAGAUCUUGUAGAUCUGGUGGGCAGUCUCGAAAUGCACCACAAGAUUGCAGUGCCCAUGUUCUUCAUGGCAAUGGACUCGCCACAGAAUUUUGACUCUGUGCUUAAUACAAUGAUUUACAAGAUAGAAGCACCAUCCGCGAACUUUUCAGACUUCUAUUCUGCUCAAGUACCAGCCGUGCACCCAUGCAGUGUUAAUAGUGAGCCAGAUUUUGUAAAACUAAUAAGAAUCAUGGCAGCAGGUGAUCCUCUCCUUCUGGAAUUGGUUUAAAAUCUGAUACAGUUGUUGAUAGCUGAUACAAAGUAUAGGAAGAAAGAAACAUGUCCAACUGUGAUUUUUGUUUCUCUUUUGGUUAUUUCCUCUUGUGAAGGGGAUGAAGACUAAUUCUUUCAUUGGUUUUUGUUCUUAGUCUUUUUUCUUUCUUCUUUUUCCUAUACAUAUUUAUCUUGUAUCAUUCAUCAUGUAUCUUCCAAAAUUUUCUGUUCAUCUUUAAUGAGCACUGUACUGUAUCAUAUUGAAACCAGGAAGAAGUUGUUGAGAAUGUAUCUUCACACUACAGUCAUUUGACUAUUGAAAUGAUGUUGCAGUGCAAAUUGCAGUUUAAUUGUGGUGAUC